AUGGCAGAUCAUCAAAGAAUUCAUCCUGUUCAUGAUGUGGAGGCACCACAUAGACCUUUGGUGCCAGGAAAUGUUGCAAAAUCUGAUAAAGGUUAUGAUCCACCUCUUCCUCAACGUGUCUUUCCUGUGACGCAUUCAAAGCCACCAAAGAAAAGAAGCUGUUGCUGCAGGUUCUUGUGUUGGACACUAAGCAUGUUGUUGAUUCUUAUAAUUGCUCUUGCCAUCACAAUUGGAAUACUAUUCCUUGUGUUUAGGCCAAAGCUUCCAAAAUACUCAGUGGAUCAACUUAGUAUAAGCCAGUUCAAUGUUUCUGAGAACAAUAGUCUUUAUGCUACCUUCAAUGUGACUAUUACUGCAAGAAAUCCAAACAAGAAAAUUGGAAUAUUCUAUGAUGGUGGAAGCCACAUAAGUGCUUGGUAUAGGAACACACAAUUGUGUGAAGGGUCUUUGCCAAAAUUCUACCAAGGUCAUAGGAACACCACUGUGCUUAAUCUUCCUUUGACUGGUCAAACACAGGAUGCAACGGGGCUUGAAAAUGAACUGCAGCAGCAAUUGCAACAAACAAAUAGUAUACCCCUCAAUCUUAAGGUGGAUCAACCUGUGAGGGUUAAGCUUGGUAAGUUGAAGCUCUUCAAAGUCAAGUUCAGGGUUAGGUGCAGGCUUGUGGUGGAUAGUCUUGGUGCUAAUAAUGAUAUUAGAAUUGCUAGUAGUAAGUGUAAGUUCAGGCUUAGGCUGUGAAUUAUUUAGUGCAUACAUUUAUUAGUGUUAAUUAGUAGAAUUAUAUGUCAUUGUUAUAUUACUAUUUGUUUCAAUUCUAUGAUUUCUGUCUGAUUGAGAUUUUUCAUAAGGGAUGGAGGAUUAGAUGUGGGUUUUCCUCUCCAU